GUCAACCAAGGGGACUACGAUAAACGAACGGCUUUGCACUUGGCAUCCGGCGAAGGACACGCAUCGAUCGUGCUGGCCCUUUGUGAGGCCGGCGCCGAUCCCAACGUGGAAGAUCGCUGGAAGCGACGUCCUCUCGAUGACGCUUUUGCCGGCGGGACGGAUGGAGCCUACGAAGAAUGUGUCGCCAUUCUCCAACGAUUUGGUGCAGCCAGGGGCUUACAACGAUCGACAACUUCCAACGUAAAUCUAGAACUCGACAAAUCCAGUAAGCGACAGAGCGACAAUCUCAAAAUUAAUUUUGGUGAGCUCGAAAUGAUCGACCGCAUUGGCGCUGGCGCGUUUGGAGAAAUCUACAAAUGCCGUUGGCGUGGCACCUUGGUAGCGGCAAAAAUUAUUAAAACGGCUAAGAUUCGAAAAGAAUGGAAUGAACGAGACUUGGCCAUUGCCGACUUUCACCAAGAAAUAUCGGUACUCAAGUCUCUAAGGCAUCCACAGAUUGUGCUCUUGCUCGCUUACUCAACCACAGCAGACUAUGAAGUCAUGAUUUCCGAGCUCAUGAAGUGUUCCUUGCUGGACGUAUUCAAAUCCCACAUGGUCCAAGGAACGCGCAUGCGGAAGCGAACCCAAAUUAUUUACGCGACACAGCUAGCACGCGGCAUGAAUUACUUGCACACGUGUAGCCCUCCCAUCAUUCAUCGUGAUCUCAAGCCUGCUAAUUUGCUGAUCGACCACAGCGGAGUAUUGAAGAUCUCCGACUUUGGCCUCUCCAAGAUACGCCCCGAUCCAGGAAAGAAAGAAACGGAAAAGUAUACCAUGACGGGUGAGACCGGUUCCUACCGCUUCAUGGCUCCAGAAGUGUUUCGUCACGAAGAAUACAACGAAACCGUCGACAUUUAUUCCUACGCCAUGAUUUUGUUCUAUUUGCUCGUUGGGCGACCGCCGUGGCCUACCAUUUCGGGUAUGAAUGCAGUCAAAAAGGCCGCCGAAGAAGGAGACCGACCUAACGUUCCUCGAGAUAUGGACUUGCGCAUGCAAAGUCUACUCAAGGAAUGCUGGGAUGAGAAUGCUUCAAUGCGACCAGCCUUUCAACGUAUUCUCGCCAAUUUGGAA